AUGUCUCGUUUCGCUUUUGUGUUGGCUUUGGCUGUCUUGAUGACUCUUGUAGUCGGAUCUACAGACGUCGUUCGGCACAGUAGACGGAAGGCGACAACUCAUUCUAUGCGCUAUCUCGCACAUUCACUUACCGCUGUGGACCAUAGCAAGAGAGCCAAAGAGUUCAGCAACAGCACUUCACUGGACAGAGACUUUAGUGACAUGACUCUCUUCAAGUUUAAAGGAGAAAUUACCAAGAAGACAGAAGGCGAUUCGAAGAAACCAAAAGAUAAGACGAAAAAGCAACAAGACAAUCCGAACAGUCCAGAUGAGAAGACCGAGAGUUCAGGAAAUAAAUCCGAGCAUUCAACGACAUACUCCGCUGGUAUCGAAAUUACGUGUGCCACUUGUUACAGCAAGGGUAAAGCGACUGCUUCACUCAUUGUGGAUGAUGGCUUCAACACCAGCACCAUCCUGGAUACAGUCAAAGAUGCUGUGACGGACACAAUUGACCAGAUAGAAGACUGGGCUGGAGAAAUCGACUUGCUUCCAUUUCGCAUCCCGCCUUUAGACGUUGAUCUAGACAUCAACCUGCCUGACUUCCCUAGUGCCGUUCUUGAGUUACAGCUUGACGGUUUCGAACUAUACGUGGAACUCGACACUACCUUCGCCGGAGGAGUCACAUACCAAGUCAGUCUCUACAAGACCAGAGGGAUGCAUAUCGACAUCGCUGGAGACAUGUUCCUGGGUGCAGUCCUCUCUUUUGACCUCAUCCUCAGUGCCGAGGCUGAGCUCACUAUCAGGAGUGGCUUCCACGUCAAGUUGGACGAUGGUUUUCUCCUCAAGAUGGCUCUCUUUUCCGAAGAUGCAUCCGACAUAGUCUACAACGGCGGCAAGUUUGAGUUCCUUCCCGUGACAAUCGAGUCAGCCGGCACGGUUCUUAAGGCUGCCCUACAGCUGUCACUCCGAGCGGGUGUCGAGGUCUUUGACCUAGACUUGACGCCAGGAUUUGAAGUUGAGGUUGGGGACUUCAACUCGGAGGAUUACGUUCUUUCCGCUGGUGCUGAGAGUCGUGUUUAUGUCAAUGUCGCUGAGUUUGUCACGAACAUCACGGCCAGCGACGACGAUGUCGACUGCGCCCUGAAGGUUCACCAAGACUACAGAUUCGUUGUCGGAGCUGCUGCCGGCGCAAGUGCCGCCCUUGGCCAGUUUGCAUGGGGCCCAACGGCAUCAACCGAGAUCCCUAUCUUCACUACCAGAAUCGCUGAAGUCUGCGCUGUGAGCGCUCCUCCGGUCGCGACGACUCUGGCUAUUGACGCUCGUGCGGCCCAGGACGAUAACGAUGAUCUUGAGACCACGACCCUCACAACCAAGAAAACUACGACUGGUUCUGCUACCCGCAGUGCCAUCGGAUUCGGCAACAAUGCCAAGGAGAUGAUUACAACCAGCGGCAAGCCGGCAGCUUAUACUGGAGGCGGCGAUAACGACAAUAACGAUUCAUUCUUUGACCGCAAGACUGGGGGCGUGUCAAACGCCAUCAUCGUUGGAGUUAGCGUCGGAUUGGGUGUUCCUAUCAUCAUCGCAAUAAUCGCGGGCAUCUUCUUAUUACGCCGGCGUCGCAGCAAGGCUGCCAGAGUGAGCCCUGUCGAAACGAAUCUCACAACCCAUGUAAGGAUAGAACCUGAUGUCAAGAAAUUUCCUCUAGUAAACAACUCUCGAUUGGUGUCAUAA